ACAGUGCUCUGCACAUAGUAAGCGCUCAAUAAAUACGAUUGAAUUAACAAAUAGCAUUUCUAAAGUGCAGCAAAUUUCAGACAUCAAGUAUCCCGGCCCGCAGCUACUUCCCCUCCCACAUCUGUCGUGACGGACGAAUCAACAGGCGAGCGAUGCUGACAGAGACCCAAGGGGUUCAGUGACCAAAUGAGCAGGCUUAUACUCAUGUCGCGCAGCAGGAACCCCCCUCGGCUGCCCGUUCCCGACAGCGUGUUAAACAUGUUCCGAGACCAAGAGGGAGACGGGGCCGUGGAUGACGUCACGAAGCACGGAGGGCGAGUGCGCACCUUUCCCCAUGAACGAGGCAACUGGGCCACCCACGUUUACGUGCCCUAUGAAGCCAAGGAGGAUUUCUUCGAACUGCUUGACCUGCUGGUGUCCCGGGCCAAAGCCUCCGUGCCCCACGUGGUGACGAUGGAGAAGUUCCACCUCAGCCUGUCUCAGAGCGUGGUCCUGCGAUACCACUGGAUCACCCCCUUCGUGCAGUCCCUGAAGGAGCGGGUGGCUUCCUUCCACCGGUUCUUCUUUUCAGCUGACCGAGUGAAGAUUUAUACGAAUGAGGGGAAAACCAGAACCUUCAUCGGGUUAGAGGUCACUGCUGGGCAUACCCAACUCCUGCGGCUUGUCUCCGAAGUGGACCGAGUGAUGGAAGAGUUUGAUCUCCCCACUUUCUACAAGGAGCCAUCGUUCCACAUCAGCCUGGCCUGGUGCGUCGGAGACGCAACGGGCGAGCUCGAGGGGCAGUGUGUCCGGGAGCUGCAGGAUACCGUGAACGGGUUUGAAGAUUCCUCCGUGUUCCUCCGCGUCCCGUCGGAGCAGAUCCGCUGCAAAUCCGGGAACAAGUUCUUCUCCUUCCCUUUGAAAUGAGAGCCUCGACAUCCUCGGGCCAGUCCGAGCUGAGGAAUCGCCGCUGUGCCGGGCCAGGCGGGAGCUCACCUGGAAGACGGGGGGCGGUGCCGUUGGGCACCCCCCAACGGGGGGUGAAGAAGCCUGUAGCUCCACACCUGCGCCGUUGGAGUUGAGCAUCCGAGUGUCCGAGAGGAGGACCGGAAGAUUUUUCCCGACAUGGCUAUUUUCCUUCCUUUGUCUCCUCCCACCCGCUGUGGAGCGAAACUUUACAUAGAGCUACGGCUGGUGAAAAGGCAAGUAGGCGACUUCGUUCAGCCCCGGCGACCGUUCGGGUUUCUGAGGAGAGACUUUAUGAGACGUGUGGCUCAUAAAUAAAGUUUUCUAUUUGUUUUCCA